AUGUCGGAAAAAACCCAAAACCUGUACACGCCGCAAGAAGACCUAGAGACGGCGCCUCCAGCAUACGAGCCUCCGGCUGAAGACUUCUCCGACAACCCCUCCUCCUCACGCUCCGAAAAUGCGACAGCGCCAGACUCAAUAACAGACUCAAAAGCACCACCAUCAAUACCAAACCCCAACAGCAACAGCAACAGCAAUAGCAACACCAAAAAGCCAAUUGCAAUCCCCGCCAUCGAUCCAUACAGCUCCCACUCCCCCUUUCUACGCGCAUUCCCCCCGAUUCUCCGACAAUCGCACAACCUACCGCGCGAGUCCUUCCUACCUCUUCUCGACAACCUCAACAAAGUCAUCGCCGAAAGCCCGCCGCUCGAGGUCCUCGAUGUCACCGGUGGAAUUCUGCGGUCUGUACCAAUCUUAUUCCCGCUACACUGGAUCGGCGCCGCCGUGAGCGGGCUCGCGCAAAAGGGCAGUUCGGGGGUAUCCAAAUCGCGAACGGACUCGUUGAUCAAGCAGGCCAAUAAGGAAAUAUUCGGACCGAGGAACCUGCGCAUUGAGAUUGCGCGGUUGGAUGCGCUGGCGUAUAUUGCUCAGGUGCCAAUACUAAGUCCUAGUUCGGGGCGGAUUGAUAAUGCGGCGCCGGUGAUGCAGCACCUUGUUGCGGUGGAUGCGGUUAAUACCACGAGUGUGUCGAAUUACCAGGCAGCUAUUAAUGGAGGAGGGGGAGUGAGCAUACCGGAGGAGAUCAUGCUUGAUGCUGUGCAUCAGCAGAUUGGCAUCUUGCAGCCGUGGAUUGCAGAGCUGGAGUUUGAUCCGCUACCGCGCACGGCGCAGUCCAAGUUGACGCGGUUUAAUACGGCGCUGAAAAGAUAUAAUGAGCCGCGAGACGAGCGCAGAGAGAGGGGGAAAUAUCGAGAGGAGAGGGAAGAAGAAGGGAUGAGAAAAGGACUGUGGCUGGUCAUCCGGGAAUUUGAAUAA